UGCAUGUCCUGUUUAUAUUCGUCCAAACGAGUUUGAAGUCACGCGGUGAUUCAGUGACUGGCUGUACAGCUUGUCCAGUUUAUAUACGGUAGGCUAACAGUCGAAGUUUUUUCCUGCUGUAAAUUACAUUUGCGAUAUGUCAUUGUUAACACGUUAUAGUACUACCAAGUGACAUUCUUCGGCGAUAGAGAAACUGGUGAAAUGGGAGUUUGAAUCGUCCUGGUAGUCGUUAUCCAGGUUUUCUUCUGACUUGGGAGGUAACAAGUGAAGCAUCAUCUCGUCAUGUCGUCGAGGGAUAUCAACGAGACCACUCCACUGUUGGGUAGCUCUGUAACCCCUCGACAGGAGUCGGUGUUCAAGGGGAGACGUCUGGCUUGCGCAGCCAUUCUGGUGGCUGAGUCCUUGGAGAGGAUGGCCUUCUAUGGCCUAACAUCCAACUUGGUGCUCUUUCUCAACAGCGAGCCGUUCUAUUGGGAAGGGACACAGGCGAGCCAGGCUCCACUCAUCUUCAUGGGCGUCACAUACCUGGUGUCGCCAUUUGGUGGCUGGUUGGCGGAUGCCUUCUUGGGGAAGUUUUGCACCAUAGCUUGCAGUCUCAUCCUCUACCUGCUCGGGAUGCUGUUCUUUCCCUUUGUGGCGAGCGAAAGCACCAGAACGUACUUGUGUGGGGAUCAGCUCGCCUUCCCCGUCCAACCCGCAGAGUGUUUGAGCCCCAAUAUUACCCCUCCGGCCAACGUCACCUGUCCCACGCGGACGCCAUACUGCGGGGCUGUCAUCUACAGCAGUCUGGUGCUGGUGGCCCUGGGGGUGGGCACGGUCAAGUCCAACAUCACUCCUUUUGGAGCUGACCAGGUGAAGGACCGUGGGCCCGAGGCCACGCGGCGCUUCUUCAACUGGUUCUACUGGAGCAUCAACCUGGGCACCAUCGCGGCGCUGGGCGUGAUCGCCUACAUCCAGCAGAACGAGAGCUUCCCCAUUGGCUACACCAUCCCGGCCGUGUGCCUGGGCAUCUCCUUCGUGGUCUUCCUGCUGGGGCGCACCGUCUUCAUCACCAAGCCGGCCGACGGCAGCGCGUUCACAGACAUGGCCAAGAUCCUCGGCGCCGCCUGCUGCCUCUCGCGCAUCCCCCCACAGGCCAGGCCGAAGCCCUCAAUGCUGGACGGCGCCAAGGUGACCUACGGGGGAAAGUUUCCCGAGGAGAAAGUGGAGGAGGUGAAGGCCCUGGUCAAGAUACUUCCUGUCUUCUUGGCCCUCAUCCCCUACUGGACGGUCUACUUCCAGAUGCAGACCACGUACUACCUGCAGGGGCUGCACCUGAAGAUCCCAUCGACCCCCAACAUGGCCAACAGCUCCAGCACCCAGCAGAUGACGUUCCGCUUCCCGGCGGCAUGGCUGUCGAUGUUUGACGCGGUGCUGAUCCUGCUGCUGAUCCCCCUGAAGGACCGGGUGGUGGACCCCAUGCUGCGCCGCCGCGGCCUGCUGCCCUCCUCCCUCAAGCGCAUCGCCGUCGGCAUGUUCUUCGUCAUGUGCUCCGCCGUCGCCGCCGGCAUCCUGGAGACCAUGCGUCUGGACAUCAUCAAGAGCAGCGGCACCAUCGACCAGGUGUUUGGCCACGACACCUUCUACGCCGCCGACCUGCCCAUCUGGUGGCAGGUGCCCCAGUACGUGCUCAUCGGCAUCAGCGAGAUCUUCGCCAGCAUCGCAGGUCUGGAGUUUGCCUACUCGGCGGCGCCGCGCUCCAUGCAGAGUGCCAUCAUGGGGCUCUUCUUCUUCUUCUCGGGCAUCGGCUCCUUCGUGGGCUCGGGCCUGCUGGCCAUUGUCUCCCUGAAGAGCAUCGGAUGGAUGUCCUCAACCAGGGACUUUGGCAAUAUAAACGAAUGUAAGCUCAACUACUACUUCUUCCUGCUGGCUGGCAUCCAGGGGGUGACUCUGCUCCUCUUCCUCAUCGUGUCCGUCAAGUACGACAAGCAGCCGCAAAGACAGCGGAUCAACAGCCAACGCCACUCCGUCGGCAACUCCUCCUGACCCCGCCCCCUUCUCUCACAGAGGUCAAAGGUCAUCCAGUGACCCCCACCCCACCACUCCCCUUCUCCGACCCUGAUGUGCCAUGGUCAGUGCCAAAAAAAGAAGUGCCUCCUCUCUAGAGCCUGCUCAUGUCUGUGUUAGUUUUCUUCACUUUGGUUUGAAAAACAAAAGAAACGUUGAUUUGUUUUCUUUGUCAUUUUGGAUUUUUGUUUUGGUUGGUUGAGUUUUAUUUUAUUUUGUUUGUUUUUUUGGGUGGGGUUAUUAUGAGACUGGAUCACCAUGGCUAUGUUGUUUACUCUCCUACUUGAUUGUCUACCCCUUGCCCCCCCCAAGGGUCUCUGUUUGCACACUCACAGGACGGAUGAAGAGUUAAUGAACGUACGUACAGUACAGGGCUAACCUGCAGUAGAGUAGGCCAGUGGUUCCCAGCCUAUGGGUCGGGACCCAACUUAUGGGUCACCAAAGAUCCACAGGGGCUUGCGGAGCCCUCUUUUUUUUUAAGGGGUUUCAUUUGAAAUAUAUAUAGCCCAUGUUGAAUAAAUGACAAAGCAUUUAACUAAUAAAUGCAUAGAAGCAGCACAUUGUAAGUGCUAUAUUAAACAUUUAUUCUAUAUUUGACCAAAGACAAAUUGAGGAAUAAAAUAUCUAAAAUUAGUUUUCCCAGGAAAUAGAGGGCAUCUUGUGACUCUGUCUCGUGCGGGCGCUCGCGUGGUUGGGUCACCAAAGCUUACAAUAGUAAAAAAAAUGGGUCCCUUAAGAAAAAGGUUGGGAACCACUGGAGUAGGCUGCCUCUUUAGAAAGGGUUUUUGUAGAGGUAUGCAUCUGUGUGUGUGUAGUCUAAGAGGAUUUUGUAGAAAGGCAUGAAGGACAUUGGGAUGAUGUGAGCUUUAACUCCUCACUGGUGCACUGCACAAGUCCCAUCAUGCAAUCUAUGGCUUUUCAAAAUUGAGCCAUUUCCUCCGCUGUUGCUGAAAUGAUUACAGACAUCAAAAGUAAAUGGAGACACAAUGUUCUGUAGAAUCUAGGGAUGCACCAAUGCUGGAAUUGGUAUCGGCCCCGAUACACUUGCUCAUUAUAAUCACACUUUGACUCGUCAAACACUUGCCGAUACCAGGCACUGAUGCUGAGAAGAACACAACAUCUUAUCACGUUCCAUUGACUUGCAAGCAGCAUGGGAAAAAAGCGGCGCCUCAUACAAAUGCUAAAAUUUAAAUCUAGAUCCAAAUGGACAUUAAAACAAAUAUCACAGGUAGAAAAAAGACAAGGCUGUGCAUUUAUUUUCAUUGUAUGUUGAGGGUAAAAGUAUCAGUAUCGAUACUCUGUAUCGGCAAGCACACACAUUAGUUCUCGUAUCGAUUUUUAAAAAAAAGUGGUAUCGUGCAUCCCUAGAAGAGUCAAUGGCUCCAUACAGCUCUAUCUGUAGAGUCGAUAGCUCCAUACAAUAGCUCCUUUCAUGGUGUCUCUCCAGGCCAACGGACAAAAGAGAAGGCCGAUCUCCUCCAUCUUGUCUGGAUAUCAUGAAGGGCAGUCAGACUAUAGAAACAUUAUUUUUUGGAUCUGGCUUAUAACUUUUUCACCUGUUGAAAUAUUGGCUUGUUUGCUCAUUUGUUUGUUUGUUUACUUUGAAUUUUUUCUUUGUGUGUUUUUUUGUGCAGUUAACUUUCCAGACUUUGUACGUCAUGUGUGUCUCCCAUAAAUUGCACUUCUGGAAAAUGGCUGGUUUAAAAAAUAUAUGUAUAUUAAUAAUGUGAUGUUUAUAUACAAAAUUAUUUAAAAAUCGUUAUCAGUGUGGCAUUUUGUUUUGGUACUUUUGUUGGAUGUAAGCCUUAUUUUGUGCUAUAUUGUGAAAAUGAUACCUCUUUCAAAUCAGUAUUUUGUCGUCAUCAUCAUCAUCAUCAUGUCAUUCUUCAGUUUUAGCUAACAGUUAAAUAUUGCCUCGCAUGUCCCCAGUACUGUAAGAAAUUGAGGAACACUUACAUGUAUCAUAUUAAACUUUUUUUCAUUACUAUUAACUAGACACUCCUCAGAUCUGUCAGCCAUUCUGGUCACACCAUCCCCAAAUCAUCAGCAUGAAUGACUAUGAUUUGUGGACUUGAUGUCCCAAAAAUAAAUAAAUAGCUAAAAUAAAUUAAUGAAAAGAAAGUUUGCGGAAUUGGAUCUAAACCAAUAAGAGGAAACGGCAGAUGAGCGUGCUAAGUAGCCAGCUGUCUCUGUCUGUCGCCGUCUCUGCGGGUUCUUUAAACACAUCAGAUGAAAUUGGUGUGAAAUGAUGUUGGCUUCCCAACAGACUGUCCGCUAAUAGCCUUUUCUCCAUGGCCGAUAUCUAACACAGAAAACAGGACGCCUGAGUGCAUUAAUAGCGGCCCGUUAGCAUCGUACCGCCCAUUGGAAACGCUCUUAACACAAUUUU